AUGUCGCAACAACCCACCAAAAUACUUCGUAGAAAGAAAAAGCCCAAGACUCAGCGGCAACGAGCAGUUAUAAAAAGACAUAGGUCGGUGAAAGAAGUGCCAUGUGAUCUGUCAAAAUUGGAAGAUAUAUUUGGGCCCCUAAAGGCCAGUACGCCCAUCAAACUGUACAGGGUGCCGAAGGAUAUUUUGACUAGUGACUGGCUUGAGCCUUAUGAGUUUUCGAUUCGAAGUGAAACGGAGGAGAUUGGAGGGGCUGGUGGGACAAAAGAAAAGAAAUUCAUGAUUUCGGGUUUUGAAAUUGAUGACAUAGCUCAGAAUGAAGAUUUGGAGGUGCUUCCAGAGAACGAAGUUCAAAGUGGUGCAAAUUCACCGGGAAUCAAGAACGAAAUUGAACAGAACUUGUUUGAAACACUUGAUCCACGUGAACAAACAGAGAAAAAGGUAGAGGUGGAGAACCUAGAGGAAAUGGUUGAAAAAAGAAUAAAAAAUGAAGACGGUGAGAUCGCUUCCUUUCUUCCAUCAAGUGACAUCUCUGCAUCUCUACCCCUAGCAUGUUAUGACUUACAAGUCACGAGAACAACAAUUCCACAAACUUUAUUCAUCGAUUCAGAAUUGGAGCUCAGCGAUGUACCCUUGUCUAAUAUCCUUGUGAGAAGUUCAGAGAGCAGGAAGCGAAGUACUAGACUGAGAAGAUCGAGCGAGAAAGAAACUAGUAAAUCGACACAGGAGAACCCGAAUUCGAAGCAAACAAAACCGGGGACGUCCAAAACAAAGUUGACUUCCCCCAAAUUGGACCGCCAAGGUGUCGCAGCCCUCUACAAAAAAUUGCUUCUGGCUUGCGUUCCUGGUCCAGAUCCCUUGGAUAUUCUCAAUCGCAGGGCCAUUAUCUAG